AGCUGGGAUAUUGUUACACUUUCUACAAAAUCCUUCGGUCUAACUUUCAACGUCACAAGCACAGAAAUUAUACUCACAAUCAGACUCGUUACCGGUCAGACGUGAGACUUUUUUCUAAAAAAUCUUAAUCUUCUACAUAUCAACAAAAAAUCAUGAGGGAAUGUAUCAGUGUACACGUUGGACAGGCUGGAGUCCAGAUGGGCAAUGCCUGCUGGGAGUUGUACUGUUUGGAACACGGUAUCCAACCUGACGGUCAGAUGCCAUCUGACAAGACCAUUGGAGGCGGUGAUGACUCUUUCAACACCUUCUUCAGUGAGACUGGAGCUGGCAAACACGUACCCAGAGCUGUAUUUGUAGAUCUGGAACCAACUGUUGUUGAUGAGGUCAGAACUGGUACCUACCGUCAAUUGUUCCACCCAGAACAAUUGAUCACCGGCAAAGAAGAUGCUGCCAACAACUACGCCAGAGGUCACUACACAAUUGGUAAAGAAAUUGUUGACUUGGUUCUUGACAGAAUCCGUAAACUAGCAGAUCAAUGUACCGGUCUUCAAGGUUUCCUCAUCUUCCACAGCUUCGGUGGUGGUACCGGAUCAGGAUUCACAUCACUCCUCAUGGAACGUCUCAGUGUUGAUUACGGAAAGAAAUCCAAAUUGGAAUUUGCCAUCUACCCAGCACCACAAGUCUCAACUGCCGUUGUUGAACCAUACAACUCCAUCUUGACCACCCAUACCACCCUUGAGCACUCCGACUGUGCUUUCAUGGUUGACAAUGAAGCUAUCUACGAUAUCUGCAGACGUAACUUGGAUAUUGAGAGACCAACAUACACCAACUUGAAUCGUUUGAUUGGACAGAUUGUCAGUUCUAUCACUGCCUCCCUGAGAUUUGACGGAGCUUUGAACGUCGAUCUUACUGAGUUCCAGACCAACUUGGUACCAUACCCACGUAUCCAUUUCCCAUUGGCUACAUAUGCCCCAGUCAUCUCAGCAGAAAAAGCCUACCAUGAACAACUCUCCGUUGCCGAGAUCACCAAUGCUUGCUUUGAGCCAGCCAACCAGAUGGUAAAAUGUGACCCACGUCACGGCAAGUAUAUGGCCUGUUGUAUGUUGUACAGAGGUGAUGUAGUCCCCAAGGAUGUCAAUGCUGCCAUUGCAACCAUCAAGACCAAGAGAACCAUCCAGUUCGUCGAUUGGUGUCCAACAGGUUUCAAGGUCGGAAUCAACUACCAACCACCAACUGUUGUACCAGGAGGUGAUUUGGCUAAAGUACAGAGAGCCGUCUGCAUGUUGAGCAACACUACCGCCAUUGCUGAAGCAUGGGCUCGUCUUGAUCAUAAAUUUGACUUGAUGUACGCCAAACGUGCUUUCGUCCAUUGGUACGUCGGAGAAGGUAUGGAGGAAGGAGAAUUCUCAGAAGCACGUGAAGAUUUGGCUGCUCUUGAGAAGGACUACGAAGAAGUUGGAGUUGACUCUGUAGAAGGUGAAGGAGAGGAAGAAGGAGAAGAAUAUUAGACAUUUUCUUAAAAUCUUAGAUAUGACACAAAGUCACCUUUUGGUUGUUGUUAAUUCUUGUCUCAGGAACUUUUUAAACAAAUUUCAGGAGUAGAAUGUUUAUUUUAUAUAUCUUAACACCAAAGAAGAAAACCAAAUUAUCAAGUAAAAAGAAUAGAAAUACCUAAA